UUUUGUUUAGUCAGUCAGUCAGUUGCGGCCAGUACUUCGAUCGGCAUAGAUCGCGAUAAGUUCUAAACUGAAGUGAAACUAACAAAACCAAAAAAAAAAAAAAACAAGGAACCAAUAUGAAUACAUCCUCGCCGCGUUUACAAAAUCGGGCGCGUAUAGCACCGGCUCCGGACACAAUGCGUUUCCCUUCGACCGAUAUUCGGCAGCACACCAUAAUCAUACCUCCAACGGAGCCCAAUCGCACAUAUCAAGGAUUAAAAACCUCGGAAAAUGAUGACAUGAACUGCGUUGAGAUAUUGGCCACAACACUGUCUAUAAUCUUAAUGGUCCUCACAUUUCCCAUUUCGGUAUUCAUAUGCUUCAAAGUAGUUUCGGAAUAUGAAAGAGCGGUAAUAUUUCGUAUGGGUCGUUUGCGAAGCGGCGGAGCAAGAGGUCCCGGUGUAUUCUUUGUUUUACCUUGCGUAGAUGACUAUUGUAAAGUGGAUUUGAGAACGGUUUCCUUUGAUGUUCCACCACAAGAAGUGCUAUCAAAAGAUUCGGUCACAGUAACCGUAGAUGCUGUAGUUUACUAUCGCAUUAGUGAUCCUCUAAAAUCGGUUAUACAAGUUUCAAAUUAUAGCCAUUCGACACGUUUGCUGGCGGCAACCACACUACGAAAUGUCUUGGGUACACGUAAUCUAUCGGAAUUGUUGACUGAACGGGAAACUAUAUCGCACACCAUGCAAAUGUCUUUGGAUGAGGCCACAGACCCUUGGGGCGUUAAGGUGGAACGUGUUGAAAUAAAAGACGUAUCUCUACCCACGGCCUUGCAAAGAGCCAUGGCUGCCGAAGCAGAGGCUGCACGAGAGGCCCGUGCCAAGGUGAUUGCAGCAGAGGGUGAAAUGAAAUCUUCCAGAGCUUUAAAGGAGGCAUCAGAAAUUAUUUCCUCAAGUCCUUCCGCAUUACAGCUGCGUUACUUGCAAACUUUAGUCAACAUAUCUGCCGAGAAGAAUUCCACAAUUAUAUUUCCUUUGCCAAUGGAAUUACUAUCACCCUUCAUAUCUGCUGGUCACAAUCAUUGUAAUUCACACAAGCCCCAGUGACAAUCAUCGCCGUUGAAGCCGUAUUUAGAUGCCCUAAGACUUUACGAAUUAGAAAACGAUGAUUCUAUAACUUCCAGACGAGAAUGAAGCGAAGUGUUUCCAUUAAAACGAUUCUUAUAGUUGCAGUUUUACUGCAUGCAUACAUCUCAUGUUAAGUUGUAUUAUUUAUAACAAAUAAAUAUUAUUUUUAUUUAUACCAUA